UCGACUCUCGAUCUCUACAGUCACAUCCGUCACAGCGUCACACCGUCUGUCAUCGGUCACCCAUCUGUGAAGUGGCACGUACCACGUAUUUGAUGUUUUGGUUUUUCAAGUGGAUUUUACCGAUAACUUCCCGGAGUUUAAUGGAUUAAUCGUCUGGAGUUUUCGCUGGCUAAGUAAUAAAGCUGAAUCCACGUGGAAUAUUAAUUAAAUCUACAAUAAUUUAAGCACUUCGCUAUCAGAUUUUAUAUAGCAUUCUAAAAAUGGUAGGGUCUGAGAAAUUAAUGAGAUAUGUUUCACCUGUUAACCCAGCAGUUUUUCCACACCUGACGCUAGUAUUAUUAGGAAUAGGAAUCUUUUUCACAGCCUGGUUUUUCGUCUAUGAAGUUACAAGUACAAAGAAAACAAGGGACUUCAAGAAAGAAGUGUCGGUAGCUCUAGUUGCAUCCGUAUUUUCUGGUUUUGGAGUACUGUUUUUGUUAUUAUCAGUUGGCAUAUAUGUCUAAGGACUACAUAUUUAAAUACUUUAUAUUACCAAAUAAACAACAAAUGCUUUCUUAA